AUGGCCUCUUCUGUCCAGCCAGGUGAAAGAUUCCAUAUUUUGGCUCAAUUGGAACAUCUUCAAUCGAAAUACACUGGGACUGGGCAUUCUGAUGUAAACAGGUACGAAUGGAUAACUAACCAACACAGGGACACCAUGGCUUCUAUUAUUGGUGAGUUUAACAAAUUCUUUAUGUUGUGUAACUUUUUAGAUGUAUUUAUUAGAUAAAACGAAAAUAUUUUGACAUGUUCUGGUCUAAUUUUGAGUUUUCAUUGUGCCUAUGAAUAAAUUAAUAACUGGUUAACAUAUUCGUCGAAUUUUAGGACAUCCAGAUCAUUUAUCGUCAUUGGCUGUAUGUGAAAACAUUACUCGAGGCCGCGCUCGACAUGAACUUCUGAAGAGAAUGAUCCAGCCUUGUGGACCACCUCCAAAGAAGAGUGCUCUUGAUGAUCUCUAA